ACGCAUAUCCGAAAAACUACCCACUUGAACGCAUGACACUGCCCACCCUUCCUUAGCAGAGUAGAACGGAGAGAGUCCAAAAACCUUCAUUUUUCCCCAUCUUUCCUCGACAUUCUAAGACAUAAACUGAGCUUAUUAGAUGAUGCAUGACACAAGUAGGAUCGAGUUAGAGCGGAAAAUGUCCGACGACCCCGCAAUCUUACUGAGCGACGAGGAAGAAAAUGACGACGAUUUCGACAGCGAUGAAAUCGAGAGCGUACCGGAGUUGGAGGACAAGCUGAACAAGUGGACCAACUACAUCCACGGGUGGCAGGACCGGUGGGUCUCGCUCCGGAACGGUACGCUCAGCUACUUCAAAGCGCAUACGGACAUUCAUCUUGGGUGCAGGGGAUCUAUCAGUUUGGCGAGGGCGGAUAUCGAGGCCCACCCCUUUGAUGAACUUCGCUUUGACGUCAGCAUCAAUGACAAUGUGUGGUACCUGCGCUGCAAGAACACCGACGACCGUCAGAAGUGGCUGGAUGCAUUGGAGGCCCAGAAGGCGGCCGCCGAGGCAGAGAGCACCAGCCUACAGCGUCAGGGCUCCAUGCUGUCGCUACACUCCACCGCUAGUUUGGCCUCCUCCUCUUCAUUCAAGAAGGGGCGUGGCUUGCGGGAGAAGCUUGCCGAGAUGGAGACAUUCCGAGACAUCCUCUGUCGUCAGGUGGAUGCCCUGCAGGGUUACUUUGAUGUCUGCGCUGAGUCUGCCUCAACAGGAUCAGGAGACCCGAGGAAGUGGCUUGACGACCCGUUAUCUGAUGGCAAUGACGAUGGAGAAGACAUUGAUGAUGAAUCAGGAACCACGCCCCGCGUUGACUCCCACAUGAGGUUCAUCCACACAAAUGGACCCUCGGCUCACAAAGACAAAGACAAGCCCAAUUUCCAGCCCCACCAGAUGGGCAUGGACUUCAAAGGGGAGGCGUUCACCUUUAAGGCCACCACGGCUGGUAUCCUAGCAACCUUGUCUCACUGCAUCGACCUGAUGAGGCAGCGGGAGGAGCAGUGGCAGAAGAGACUUGAGAAGGAGCAAGACAGGAGAAAAAAGGCAGUGGAAGCGUACAGAGCAGCUCUGAAGGAUGUCAAGCAGAAAGCACGUCUUGGGGGUCCAGACUACGAGGAGGGGCCUCACAGCAUGUUGAAGGAGGAUGAGUUUUUCGACGCCAUUGAUGCAGCAUUGGACAUCCAUGAUCAGACGGAGGCUGACAUUGAACAAGCAGAUGACGUGGCAGCCCACAAGGAUGCUUCGUUUAGCUCCAGUAACACCAUCAGCAAGGACAUGCCUCCCCACCCUCACAGACUCAUCCAGGAGUGUCACGACAAAGUGGAAGAGAACGUGAGGUACUCCUUUGAGAACAUCGAGAGCAACUGGGAUCUGCUUCAUCAAGAAGGGGAAAUGAAGAUCUUCAAAAUGGAACAGGAGAUUGACGGAAUCGUCCUGGACCCCCUCAAAGCGACGCACACUGUUCGUAAAGUCACAGCAAAUGAGAUGUGCCGAAUGUUCUGGGAUCUCAAAUACAGAAUGGACUGGGAUGGAACCCUAGACUGGUGCAAGUCCUUGGAGACCUUGGCCCCAGACACCUUCGUCUGUCAUCAGAUGAUGCGUCGUGUCUGGCCCGCCACGCAGCGUGACACCUGCUUCCUGUCCCACAUACGCAAGCUGGAUCUCAGCCACCAAACGCAAGGCGACGUCGGGUCCUGGAUCGUCGUCAACUACUCCGUGGAUCACCCGGACGCGGCGAGUAAGUGUAUCCGUGCCAAGAUCAACGUCUGCAUGCUGUGCCAAACAUUCCUGGACCCGCCCGACACCAAGCUAGAAAACGCCACCAGAGACAAUCUCGUCUGCAAGAUUUACUACGUGGCACAUGCAAAUCCUGGCGGUUGGGUUCCGAGUUCUGUCAUUCGCGCCGUCUACAAACGAGAGUAUCCGAAAUUCCUCCGUCGGUUCUCAGGACACGUGGUCGACUCCUUUAAGAACAAACCCAUCACGUACUAGUCCACCGUUGUCCAAAAGCCUAGUCCGAGAAAUAAAAACCUUACUCCACUGAGCAUGCGUUAAAAGUUACACGGCAUUAUGGGACAAAGCUGUGGACACAUCCGCCAUGUUUGUUAAGCUUCUUUUAAGACCGAGGUGAAUAUAUAGCCGAUGACCUCUGGCAAAAAAAAAAAAAAUCAACCCUACUGGGCAUGCUCACCAGUUGCAUGGCAUUAUGGGAAAUGACGGCUUGCCCUUCAAAUCUUCGGACGUGCUUGCCAAAACCAGCGAUGUUUGUCUAGCUCCCUAGACCACCGUGAAGACAUCUUUGUGGAACUUGGAAUAUGACAUCGUGGACUUGGAUUAUGACAUGUAGGGUAUGAAACUGGAAAUAGUUAAGCACUUUUUAAAGGUCAGUUUUUAAAUCUUGGCCUCAGCUUCAAUCGACCAGCCCCACGUUUCAGGCCAUCUAGGCUCUGGGUUUGAAAUGAGUGAAACGUGACAUUUAAAAUAAGGGCUGAAUGUUUUUUAUGCUUAUUUCAAGCAUUUAACACUUUAAAAGAGAGACACGGUUGAAAUGGCCAAAGCCCAAGUCACGGUUUCAGAAAUGUCUUAAAGUGCACAAUAAAAGUCAACAGAAGUGCAGUAAAAUUGGCCAGUAAACUUACGGGCAUUGUUAAAUGAAAGGCAGCACUCUCAAAACAGAGAGAGCAUUGAAGACGGUAGACAGGCAUAUGGUGACUGGCAUUUUGAUCCAAUCCGGCAUCGAACUUACAAAAAUCAUUCCCAGCAGAGAACAAAAUUUUCUCACUUCAGCAAACCCACACAGGUCGGUAUUAUGCACAGGAACAAUUCUGAUGAAGCAAA